CGCUGUCGCCAGAGAUAAAGUACGCUGUUCCUUCGCUCUUCAAACUUCGUUGUAUUUUGAGGACAUUUUGGAAUCAACAGGCCCGAGCCUUUCAGAGCAUUGUGCUGACUGACAGUACAAAAGUGAUGUACUCCGAAGAUAUAAAUGGUGUCACUUCACCAACAUCAACAAAAAGACGACAAUUUCUGUACCCUGAGUCUGACUGGCCUCAAGCUAAUACCUCGUCCAGAGAAGAGAAUAUGCCAUCGCUGAAUGUGCAGCCUGUGGAUAAGUUCAGACCAUCAAGUCGGGGCCAAUCAACAUGCAACUCUGUUUCCCGAACUGAUGCCCCAUCCUCCAGUUCUGCUGCUUUAGGCAACACUGUAUCUGUAGAGUUUCGCACUCUGACAUUAAAGAAAAAUCAAUCUUCUGUAUCCUGCAAACAAAAUGGGGUGCCUGGAAGGAAAAGGAAAAUGUGUGACAGAAAGACAGUGGAAGAAAAGAUUGAGAGAAGGAAUGAGAGGAAACGGCGUAGAAAACAUAUUUGUACCAGAGUGACGGCCCCCACAGGCACCAAGAACGCAGGCUAUGGGGCUAUGGAGACGGAUGCCAUGAGAUACGGGAAAUUGCUCGGUUACAACGUUGUACCAGACUACAACAACUACCUCGUUGUGCGGUCAGCUUACGGCUACGGUGACAUCAGCCAGUCCUCCGCCAUGACGAGACGUCCUAAAUCGGAACACCUCCGUCGACCGGACACCCAUCUCAUGUCAGACAAGGUCAUCCUGCGGGACAAGGUCGACCAGCUGGUCAGAAAUGGUGGCUGUCCCAGAAAUAACUCAAGAUUCGAUCCAAACAACUAUCUUGUCGUCCAAUCUGCAUUCGGAUAUGGCAAUAUCAGCCAAUCGUCGUCCAUCAAGAGGAAAGGCGUGCAAUUUAAACAGUCCGACUCCUAAUUUGGACAUAAUAUUUGUAUGAAGAGAAUCUAAUCUUUCUCAUUGGUUACACAAAGACUUGUGAAAUGUUUACAUGUGUUUAUUUUCAUACCUUUCGUUGCAUAAAAUUUGAAAACGAAAAA